AUGCCGUUCUUACCACUAUCUCAAGUCCGGAGUCUGAGGAACGAACUCGACGGGACAAAUGCGGAGAUCUCCACGUGGGGAUGCGAAGGCUACGGAGACAAUAUCAAGCAAUGGAGCGACUCUUGCGACGAAGACGUGGGCGCAGUGAUCAGAGUGACCUCGGCUCAUGAAGCCGCCAUCGUCGUCAAAUUCGUCACCUGCCAUCAGAUCCCCCUCGCAGUACGAGGCGGGGGCUACUCGACGAGCGGCAGCUCCACGGCUCGCGGGGGCAUCGUCUUGGACCUCGCCAAACUGCGCAAGGUGCAGGUCGACCCCGUAUCUCGGGUGGUCACGGCCGAAGGCGGAGCGCUGUGGGCAGACAUUGAUGUCGCCGCCGCCCAGCACGGACUCGCCGUGGUCGGCAGCACUCUCAGCCACAUCGGGGCAGCCGGGGCAACCCUGGGCGGUGGUUAUGGGUGGCUGACCGGCCAGUACGGUCUCGCCAUCGACAACCUGUUGUGGGCGAAGGUGGUCCUUGCCGACGGGAGGGUCGUGAUCGCGUCAGAAGACCAUUAUCCUGAUCUCUUUUGGGCGAUUCGCGGGGCCGGCCAGGAGUUCGGGGUGGCGGUUGAGUUGGGCUUUCGGGCUCAUCCGCAGCGGAAUUCCGUUUAUGCCGGCACGCUGCUUUUCUCGCAUGACAACUUGUCGGCGGUGGUCGACUUCGCCAACCACUUCGAGACGAUCACCGACGGGAAGCAGGGCCUCUGGUUUGGGUCCACGAUGGUGCCCUCGAUGACGCAGUGCUGCAUCUUGGUGGUGGUGUUCUACAACGGGGACCAGGAGGCGGCAGAGCGCUUCUUUGCGCCUCUUCUCUCAGCAGGUCCCCUCGUGAAUGGAGCAGGGAUGAUCCCUUACGACAGUCUGAACGGCAUCCUCAACACGACCGACACGCUGAAUCGCCGGGGAAGCGACACCGAGGUCAACAUCAGUUACCCGCUGGAGAACGCCAUGGGGCCUCGGAAGAGCAUGAGAGGAUCCAAUGUCACGUUGCCACUGGACCUCAACUUCGUACAGUCGGUAUACGAUGAAUUCAACGGCGUCUUGACCGACUAUCCGCAGACCAGGGACAGCCGACUGCUUGUUGAGCUUCUCCCGAAUGCGCAGAUACAGAAAACUCCGCUUAAUGCGACCGCCUUCGCCAAUCGCGGGCCUUACUACAACGUCAGCUGUCUGUUCCGGUGGUACGAUCCGGGCCUAGAUGAGCGCAUCCGCUCAUUGCAGGCGAGUCUUCUGGAGCGGAUCGCGCUGGAGGCGGGCAUCAAGAAACCUGGUCAUAGUCGACCCACGCAAGGCACAGGCAUCUAUGCAAAUUAUGCUGGGCAUGAAGUAUCCACCGAGACCAUUUUUGGACUCAACUAUCCCCGGCUGCAGGAGCUCAAAAAGAAGUUCGACCCCCAUAAUACAUUCAACAAGUGGCACCGGAUCAGGGUUCCUCAGAGUGACCCUCGAUAG